AGAUCCUCGUGGCGAUGCAGGCAUUCUACGGAUCGACGCUGGGCCUCAUCAAGACGUCCAUCUGUCUGUUCUACAGCCGCAUCUUCUUCGUGCGAACCUUCCGGAUCGCCGCCUGGGUCACCAUCGGCUUCAUCCUCUCCUGGGGCAUCAUGGUCAUCCUGACGGCGUUCCUGCUGUGCCGACCGCUGGCUUUCAACUGGGACCAGACGAUCCCGGGCGGCCACUGCGCCAACCAGAAGGCGACCUUUAUCGCCGUGGGGGUGCUGGAUCUCGCCACGGACGUCUGCGUAUUUGUGCUGCCGCUACCGAUGAUCUACAACCUGAAAGUGAGCAAGGGGAAUCGCGUGGCCCUGUUCGGGAUCUUCGGGCUGGGAAUUCUGUGGGUUUUGCUGCACCCCGACCCACUCCUCUCCGCGCAUAUGAACUAACGCGGCGCCUAGCACGAUGAUCAUCAGCAUUCUUCGCAUCCAGAGCCUCAUGGAGACGGAUUUCAUGGACAUCACGUACUCGGCGGCAUAUCCGCUCAUGUGGAGCUUCCUGGAGCCCGCGCUAGGCAUCACGGUGGCCUGCGG